ACAGUUCUAAUAAUUAAUAACCAACUUUACAAUGCUUAAGUUAGCAACUCAAAGAGCCCUUCCUAGGUUAAUUAUCCCUUCGAGAAGAUACUUGUCUGUUUCUAUUAGAUCUUGGAACAGACUUGAUCGUCCAUUAGGUGACCGUACCAUCGAAUCCAACAUUCCUACUGAAACCAAUAAAUUGUCCAAAUCCUUGACUAAAUUCUGGAAGAACGCUGAUGCUAAAUACAACACAGACACCAAGAAGUUUGAUGUUCAAUUAGAUGGUAAAACCUUGAGAACCCCCUUGGGUUUUCCCUUAUCUCUUCCUGAAUCCAAGAAACAAUUGGCGGAAUUGAUCGCUCAUGAAUGGGCAAACUUACCUGAUUUAAAAAUCAAGACAAAUUCCUUACCAUUGACUUCCUUAGCUUCUAGAGCUAUUGAUUUGACUCAUAUUCAUGAUCAAGAAGUUGCCGAUAGAGAAGAAAUGAUUGCUAAAGUCGGUAACAUUGAAGAUAUCAAGAUUAACGUGUUGAGAUAUCUUGAUACUGAUACUUGUCUUAUAUUUGCCACUCAUAAAGAGUACAGUGGGAAAUUAAGGAAAAAGCAAGAUGAGUUGUAUCUACCUUUGAUUCAAGAAUAUAAUGAUUUCUUCACCACAUAUGCUAGAAACAAGGGACAUUUGUUGGCUCACCCAACAGAUGAAGUCAAGUUGCAACACUUGGAUUGCGAAACUGAUGGAUUAAGAGGUAAUAGACAAACUAUUACUACUCAAAAUGUCGUCUUGGAUUGGUUGGAUAAUGUGCCAGUUUUCGACUUGAUUGCUUUGGAAAGAGCAAUUUUAACUACUAAAUCUUUCUUAUGUGGUGUCUCAUUACUUCGUUCUAACAUAUCUGAUGAAGAAAUCAUGAAGUCCGUAUAUCAAUUAAAUAAAAAUUCUCCUGAAGAAUACUAUCACAAGACAGUGGAAGAAAUUGUGGAAUUGGGUAAUUUAGAAACUAUUUUCCAAACUGAGGAAUGGGGUGAAGUUGAAGAUACUCAUGAUGUUGAUAAGGUUGAUUGGUUAAGAAAUUUAGCUAGUGCUGCAUUAGUAUGUCAUUAAAAAAGUUUAUAGAAUUCUUGUAUAUAUUCGUAUCAAUUAUAUUUGCAACAUUUAAAGUUUGGCAACAGGGAAAACCUGCCACGCAGCAGUUACGUGAUGUGUCAACGAAUUUGAUUGUGAGUACAAGGGUAAUUUGUAACACAAAGAUAGUUUCAUAUAAUGGUAAACUUUGUAGAUACAUUUAAUUGGUUGUUAACAGAAAGAAAGCCUACUGGUUUGGAAAUAUUUUACUGAAACCAAAUAGCCGAUCUGUCAGUUAAUUUGCUCGCUACAUUUACUUACCAGUUCAGGGCAAACCUAUUCUGCCAAUCGUAGACUUCUAAAUAUCACACGACCUCUCUGUCAGGGGUAUACCUUCUAUUAAAUAAGCAAAUCAAACUUUGAUAAAAGCGUUGACGUCACAUAACGCUGCCUUACCUCUGACAGCAUUUUACUGGUGGUAACGGAUCCGAAAAA